ACUCGUGGGAAUGAAGUGACAGAGUAAGCAAACUUGACAGUUCUUUUAUAGGUUAUAUUAUUGUAUUCGGUAAUAAUAAUUGAUCACAUAACAAAUAAGAUUGUUUUACGAAAUGACAGAUGUGGCAAAAUACAGACGCAGUCGGUCCCGCUCUGCAGAAUACAGAAGACACAAAUCCGACAGAUCUUCAAGAGAUGACCGAAACAGAAGACACAUAUCUAGGUCUAGAUCUUACUCUAGAUCACGAGACCGUUAUUCCAGCAGACGUAGGUCGAGAUCAAGAGGCACUACAACUAACGGUGUAGAAAGAACCAAUAAAUAUGAAGUGGCAAAGAAGAAGCACCUCGAAGACGAAUUUAUGGAGUCUCGACGCCAGGAGCGUGAAAUUAUCGGAAUGAGAGAGUACCCCAGCAUUUGGGGCCAAUCCCCCGCACCUGAAAACUCCGACAGUGACAUCGAAGACGUCACAAACAACGCCCCUAAAGUCAAAAAACGGAAGAAGGAUAAGAAAAAAUCCCACAAGAAAGAGAAGAAACAUAAAAAGAAGAAGAAAAAGAAGAGGUCUUCAAGUGAUAGCAGCAGUUCAGCGGAAGAAGAAUGGGUUGAGAAGAGCACAGUUACGAAUAAACCCCAAACUAGUACUGAAGAAGCUGAGAAUACUAUCGUGGGCCCUAUUUUGAAGCCCCAUGCCGCUUUGACUCACAAAGAGAUGGGCAAAGCCCUGCUUCCUGGCGAAGGUGCCGCCAUGGCUGCUUAUGUCGCCGAAGGCAAAAGGAUCCCAAGGAGAGGCGAAAUCGGUUUAACUUCUGAAGAAAUUGAAAGUUUUGAGGCUGUGGGUUAUGUCAUGUCUGGUUCAAGACACAGAAGAAUGGAGGCUGUGAGAAUACGGAAAGAAAACCAGAUUUAUUCUGCUGAUGAGAAACGGGCUUUGGCGAUGUUUAGCAAGGAGGAACGACAAAAGAGGGAAAAUAGGAUUUUGGGACAGUUCAGAGAAAUGGUUAAUUCGAAAUUAGCCGAAAAGAAAAAUUGAUUUCUUAGAACUAGCAUUUACUCUACAUAAAUAAAGUGUGUUUUUUGUAA